AAAUCUAUAGGGAGAUAACAGAUAAUUGUUCGAGAUUGAUGUGUGUGGAAUACGUUUAAUCGAACAAUCGUGCCUACGAAAUUUGUUAUUGAAUCUCAAUUCGCACAGACACAAAAAUCUCUGAAAAAUCUUCAAGCUGUUGUUAUUCCUCUGUUCUAGGGUUUCCAAUUUUCCAUUUUUUUUCUUCUUAGUUCUUUUUUUUGUGGGGAUUGCACGACUUCUGUAACAGAUCUAUUAAUUCGAUCGAGAUUGUAGAUUCUGAUUAGAUUUUUCAUUAUCUCUUCUCAAUUUACCAGUAAUUUUGUGAGAAAAGUUGAAUCGAUCUCGACUGAAAUGAACGACCAAGGAUCAAUGAUGAACCAGCAGCAGCAGCUGAUGAAUAUGAAUCCGAGUCUGAUGAAUUCGAGCCAAAUGAAUCCGCAGCCUCUGAUGGCUCCGAUGAAUCGGAGCUACGGAAUGUGGGGACCGCAGCAGCAGUUUCAAAACCCUAAUUUGAGCUCCGACACCAUGAAACCUCCGCGUGUGGCCUUCAAUAAUUCGUUAGGUCCCAGGAACAAUUGGAAGGGCAAAAGGGUAAAUAAACCGAGGAUGGAGCAGCGCCAGCAGCAAGUAGUUGGCUCCGGUGGUAUCAGUGGCAGUGGCGGUGGUGCGAAUUUGAAUUUUAGGAACUACAACCCUCCAACAUUGAAUGAGCUGCAGCAUCAGAAUCGAUUGAGGGCAAGGAAAACUUUCCCUAAAAAGAAGUUUAACAAGAACAUGAAUAUAAAUAUGAAUGUAGGUGGUAAUGGUGAGAGGUCUGCCCCAUAUGCACCUAGGAAUACCACUUCCUUUCUGAUUAGAGCGAAGAAAAGCGGGGGGAUAGCGCCGGUGGUUUCUCCAUUUCCGGUGACCCCCUCUGUGUUGCCAACCCCAAUCUUGUCCCCUUCCACUGAGGUUUUGGGGAACAUGGCUAAGGAAGAGUGGGGGGUGGAUGGUUAUGGCUCGAUGAAGGGGUUGAUCAGGCUGAGAUCUCUCGGGCAUGAAGAUGGGGAGGAAGAUGAGGGGGGCUCAAGUGAGAGCGACGUGGAGGAGCAUGUUGAGGUUGAGAGGAGAUUGGAUCAUGAUUUGAGUAGGUUUGAGAUGAUCUACAAUCCGAAUAGUGGCAAUGCUGGUGGGAUGGAGUAUCACAAUAUAUUGGAAAAUCGGGUUGAUGAUCAGGAUACUCACAUUGCACAACUGGAGGAAGAGAACUUGAAUCUCAAGGAGAGGCUGUUCUUGAUGGAGGGGGAGUUGGGGGAUAUGAGGCGGAGGUUGUUAUUGCUAGAAAGGCGAGGAGGCCGAGUAGAUGAGGAAGUUGUUGAGAAUGAGUCUGGAAAUGAGGGAGAGAGCAAUACGCACUCAACGGGGGAGAAUGAUGAACAAGAUAGGUCUGAGCCUGAGGUUGGGGAAGGUGUCGAAGGUGACGUUGGUGGUGGAUUUGAAACUGUACAACAAACUAGAGAGGAAGAGAGUUCACAAAGUGGAGAUGAAAGGAUUAAGAUGAGUGAUGCGAGUAAUGUGAAUGAUUCUAUUGUAGAAGAUAAAUCUGCUGCAGAAGUUGAGGCAGUAGAAAGUGUUGAUGAUGAAUCUUGCAAACUCGUUGUUGAAGCUGAUACUCGUAUGUUAGAGUGAAAACAAGAGAAUCUUGGUUGUUAGUCUAUGCUUAUUUUCUUCUUUUUUUUCUUCCUCUGGCAUGGUUGACUGAGAGAAGCCAUGGAUGGAUGUAAUUAGGUUUUCAUUAGUGUUUGACUGUGUCAUGAAACUUUCACUGCUUAACCAUUCAGAAUAUGGUGCCAUGUUAUUUUGGCC